UCUAGUCAUUGCCGAUUCUUAAACUCCAUUGUCCAAUGGCUUCUUCAUCAAAAUCCAAAAAGAUUUACGACGUAUUCUUGAGUUUUAGAGGCAUGGACUUGCGUAAUAACUUCGUCGGCCAUCUCUACCAAGCUUUACACCGAAAUGGAAUAUACACUUUUCGGGAUAGUGAGGAACUGAAAAAGGGAGAACAAAUAUCGUUGCUUAUGAAGGCCAUUGAAGAAUCGUACAUUGCAAUCAUCGUUUUCUCUGAGAAUUAUGCUUCCUCAACGUGGUGCUUGGAAGAGGUGGCGAAAAUUAUGGAGUGCAAGGAGCAAAAGGACCUCACUGUUCUACCAGUGUUUUACAAAGUGGAUCCAAGAGAAGUGAGGGAGGGUAGAGAGAGUUAUCAGAGAUCUUUGGCUAAGCAAGAGUCCAAGUUCGGGAAGGAUUCGGAGAAAGUGAAGAGAUGGAAGGAAGCUCUUUCUGAUGCUGGGAAUUUGUCUGGGUGGCAUCUGAAUGAUGGAGAUGAGUCCAAGCUUAUUCAAGAAAUUGUGAAGAAGAUCUCCACUUACCUAGCUCAAACACCUUUGCAUGUUGCUAAGCAUCCAGUUGGGAUAGACUCCCGAGUUGUUAAGCUGAAAUCUAUGUUAAAUCUUGAGUCUGAUGAUGGCGUUCUCAUGGUGGGAAUAUGGGGACAAGGAGGUAUAGGGAAGACAAGUUUAGUGAAAGCUCUUUACAAUGUUAUAUUCAGAAAAUUUGAGGGUUCAUGUUUUCUGGAAAAUGUUCGAGAAACUUCAGAAGCCAAGGGUUUAGUUACUUUGCAAGAAAUAUUACUAAACGAUAUACUAUUACCACAACAAAGAUUAGAAGUUUCCAAUGUUGACAGAGCUAUUCAGCUAAUACAACGCAGACUAGGUCGCAAAAAAGUUCUCCUCAUCCUUGAUGAUGUGGAUGACUUGCGCCAGUUGAAUACUUUAGCAGAAGGCAAGUGGUUUGGUAAUGGAAGUAGGAUCAUCGUUACCACAAGAGACAAACAUUUGCUAACUUGCCACCGAAUAGAUAAAGAUCAUGUGUAUGAAGUUGAAGCACUUGAUGACAAUCAAGCUCAUGAUCUACUUACUAAGCAUGCUUUUCAAACACACCAAAUUAGAACAGAUCUAGUGGACAGUGCUCUAAAUUAUGCUAAAGGCCUCCCUUUAGCACUUGAGGUGCUAGGUUCCUUAUUAUGUGGUACAACAGAAGAUGUAUGGAAAAGUACACUAAUGAAACUUUCUAGGAUUCCUGACAAGAAAAUUAAUAAUGUGCUCAAAGUGAGUUAUGAUGGACUAGAUGAAAAUGAGAAAGAGAUCUUUCUCCACAUUGCUUGCUUCUUUAAUGGGCGGAAAAGAGAGUAUACAAAGAAAGUUCUCAAUAGUUGCGAUCUUCUAACAGCGGUAGGAUUUGAUACUCUCAUUAAGAGGUCCUUGAUACGCUUUGAUGGCAUAAUCCUAAAAGUGCAUGACUUGAUUCAAGCAAUGGGUAAAGAUAUUGUGAACCAAGAAUGUCGAGAUGAUCCUGGAAGACGUAGUAGACUAUGGAUGUAUGAUGAUGUUGCUGAUGUUCUGUCACGUGACAUGGGAGAUUGUGCUAUAAAAGCCAUAGUGUUGGAACUACCUGAGCCGACAGAGAUGCAUAUCGGUCCUGAAGAUUUUACAAAAAUGAGAAGGUUGAGAUUGCUCAUCUUGCACAACGUGCAAGAUUCUUUUCAAGGCCCUAUAUGUCUUCCUAAUGAGCUUAGAUGGUUUGAAUGGCCUGGAUGUACUCAUCAGAUUCCAGAAUUUUCUGCUGGUCCAAAGAAAUUGGUGGGACUUGAUAUGAGUAAAGGCAAUAUCAUAGGAGUUCUAAAACAAUUUAAGGACUUCCAAAAUUUGAAGUACAUCAAAUUCAAUCAUUGCGAGUCGAUGGUUCGCAUGCCUGACCUCUCGUAUACUCCAAAUAUUGAGAAUUUGGAUUUCAGUCAUUGCAAAAAUUUGGUAGAAGCCCAUGAGUCCAUCGCAUAUCUUGACAAGUUGCAGGUGUUGAAUUUAAGGGAGUGCUCUGAACUUAGUGUUUUUCCCAAUGUGCUCAAGUCUAAAAAGCUGCAAGCACUCGAUCUUUGUCAUUGCAUGAAACUUGAAAGGUUCCCUGAUAUUCCACAUAAACUCGAAGGCUUUAAAAGGCUUAUCUUAGAAGGGAUCGCUAUUAAAGAACUUCCCACGUCAAUAGAAAAUCUUGCUGCUUUGCAAGAAAUGCAUAUAAAGGAUUGCAAGAACCUGGAAAAUCUUCCAUCUAGCAUUUAUAAGUUACAAAACCUUACAAACUUGGCCGUUGAGUAUUGCACGAAUUUAAUCGGGUUUCCAAUGUAUGAGAAUUCAAUUGAUUCGUGCAUGAAGGCCGGACUUUCAAAUUUAAGGCGAUUAAUCCUUAGAGGAUGUAAUCUGUAUGAAGUAGAGUUUCUUGAGAAUCUUUCUUGUUUUCCCCUCUUGAGUGGAUUAGAUCUGGCGGAGAACAAUAUUAUUGCCCUUCCUCCAUCCAUCAAUAAGCGUGAUCGUUUGUAUCAGGUUGCAAGUUGAAAACUGCCAUCAAUUACAAAAGAUUCCCGAGCUUCCCCCGUUUUUGAGUUUUUAUGCGGAUAAUUGCAAAUCUCUACAAACAAAUGAAGAUUUAUCCUCAAUUCAUCAAGUUGCCCGUAAAGGUUUGGCUGAUGGGGUAGACUCAUUUGACCAGGUUAGAUACUCUCUCUCUCUCUCUCUCUCUCUCUCUCAUACACACACAAACACACCAUAUUGAUCUGGAGUAUAUUAUGCUAGGUCCAUUGUGUGCUUGUAUAUUGCCAUAGUAGAAAAUGCAAGACCGAAGGCUUAAGAAAAAAUACAAACAAGUAUGAAGAGGUUCUGCAUGUAUAUGCAUGUAACUUCGGUGGCUCCUAUACUUUUAUGGGAAUGAUUUCUAUUGCAUGAGACUUAUGUAUUAAUGCAAGCAAGGAUCAAUGGAUCUUCUCAUUUGGUUACUAAUACUAACUUGGAUACUUUCUACUGGUCUAUCUUUGUCAUAGGAACAUACUGUUUUCAAAACAGUUCUCCCUCAAGGAGAGAUGCCACAAUGGGUCCUUCCUAUUGAAGAGGAUUCCGUGUCUGUCACAGUUUCAAAGGACUUGUAUGACAAGAUUCUUGGAUUGGUAUUCUGUGGCAUUCUCGGCGAUGUUGAACAUGACAACAUUUUAGUGCGCGCACACGUCGAUGGUAAAGAGCAGAAUACAAUACACGAACAGUUCCCCUAUCCAUUGCAUUCGGAACAUAUCUACCUUCGCUAUGUCAAACUAUCUAACUUGUGGGGAGUAACUGAUUUUGGUCAAAUUGAUGGGAAUAAUGUAAAGUUGAGCGUUACAAAAUCGAAAAAAUUGAAAAAUUGGGGACUCCGAAUAAUAUGCAAGCAAUUAGGGAAUGAUUUAAAGGUGGAUCUUCAAGAUAAUCAACUUAUAGACCUAGCUUUACUCUAUGAAGUCGGUCAUGAAUCAACAAAUUCAAUAGCCGGGAGUUCACUCAUGUACGAAGAUAAUUCAAGCGAAGCAGAUCUACAGGAGGACUUGCAAGAUUGUCAAGUGAGUGGUGAGGAGCAAAGUCAAAUGGUACCAACGAGAAAUCAUGAGCUUUUCUCCCUCGAGGCAUGCGAACCAAGACAAUGGGGACUUCUGAUUGGGUUGGUAGAGAUGAGUAUGGCAGUGUUUGCUCGCUGCUUUUGUUGUUAGGAUGAUGGGAACUUAGCAAGGAAGCAAUUCUUAGCAUUAACUUUGCUAGCUACAACGAUGGAAAUGAUCAGACUUGGAGCGAACUAGAUGAAGGGGCUUGGGAUGUGCAUUUUGAUGCCGGCGGAGUGGAGGGACAAUUUGGAAGAGAGACACAAACAUCCAUUGGAGUAUAUAGAGGACGAAGGCAUCAGACAAGAGAGAGACGCGCAUCCAACAACACUCUCCAGUCUCGCCGGACGCCGCUCUAAGUCUCGCCGCCGGACGCCGCUCGCCCUCAAGGCCACCGCUGCCGGACGCCGCCGGACGCCAGUCGCCGACGUCGCUCGACGCCCGCAUUCGCGACACCUGACGACGUUGCCCCGAAGACCAGCGACCGACGUCCCUGCUCACUGCUCAGCGCCGGCCACCGCCGCCGGACGCCGCUCGACGCCCGUCGCUGCCGUGCUUUGCCUCGACGCCCGUCGCCGACUAGCCGACGCAGGCAGAUCUGAGCCGAGCUCGUCUCCGCUCGCGACCCACCGCCUCUGCUCGCGCCAGAAGCCCCGACGCCCCUGCUGCUGGGUCCUCCUCUGCUCCACCGCCGCUGCAACCAGACGCCAGAAGCCACCGUUCCUGCCGCGAUUCCGUCCUCAGGCCGUCCGAUCGUAGCUGCUGGUCUCCGAUUCUGACCCACGACGCCGCUGCUGCUGUCUCCGCCUCUGCUCCGACGCCAGCAGUCGCGACGCCUGAUGCCGCCAGCGACUGAGCGACCGACGUCCCUUCUCACUGCUUAGCGCCGGACGCCGCUCGCCCUGUCAAAUUGGAUUUCUGGAAAAAAGGAUAGUGGGAAGGCUGAGGAGGUCGUUUCACCCUCUAGCUUUAAGGAUUCUAUGGAUGAUAAGUUCCGUCCUAAAACUUGAAACCGGAUCGAUUAGGGUCAUUACCCCGUUUGUGAAAUCAGGAACCGACCCCGCCCAUACAGGAACUGCAUCUUCUCUGGGCUCCUGGAUUGAACGUGCAGUUGAACUUCAUGGAGCUUUACAUUCCUCAUCCCCAGGGUCAAAUAGAAAAGACUCUCCCACACGACUUUUGGAAUGGAUAGAUGCUGGUGUAGUUUAUCACAAAAAUGGGCCUGUUGGUCUUCUACAGUAUGCCGCUGUGUUAGCUUCUGGCGGAGAUGCUCACUUAACUUUGACUAGUAUUCUAGUGUCAGAUCUCAUGGAUGUUGAACAUGCUGUUGGAGAUCCUUCCAGUGGUUCUGAUGUAAAUGUAAUGGAGAAUCUUGGGAAAAUAAUCUCUGAGAAAACAUUUGAUGGAGUUGCACUUCGUGAUUCUUCUGUAGCUCAGCUGACAACAGCAUUUCAGAUUUUAGCUUUCAUAUCUGAGAACUCUGUAUGUUUGUUAUCUUGAAAUGUAUAUAAUUUACAAUAAUUUUUUA